AUGGAUGACGUAACACCCCAUUAUCUUCCUGCGGAAGAGUCGAGCGACGAAUCGGAUAAUGAAAAUGAAAACGUUGUUGCCAAGAAAAAAAUCGUCAAGAAAAAGCGAAUUUACGACAUCAUGAUGCCCCAUCAUCAGCAAAAGAAAGAAGGCGGUUUCUUCAAAAAGGCGCGAAAGGAGAAGUUCCCGAUGUUUCCUUUCAACGAGAAUCGAAUAAAAUGGGACGAUUACGGCGAAAUUAUCAAUCCAGACGACUACAAAACGCACGAGCUAAUUCCUGAAAGUCAUCCUUCAAAUGACGAUUUAGCUGGAAGAGAACAGUCUGUUACUUUUGGCCGCCACAAUCCUAAUCAAAAGAAGAAGAGAAAAGCUGACACUCCCGAAGAAAAAGAAAAAAUGCCGACAAAGUGUAUCAAAUCACGAGAACAGGUUUCAAUAAGAUGCAACAUCAAAUUCAUCGAUUUCGAAGGACGAGUCGACGGCGAAUCUCAACUCCAAAUCCUGUCGACAAUCAAGCCAAAAGAAUUGAUCCUUAUCUGCACGAAAGAAAAGUACAAGGACAAGCUCAUCAAAGAUAUCAAAUCAAGAGUCCAGGGAAUAAAAAUUCACAUGCCAGUGAGCUACUUGAAUUUCGUUCGCGUUGGAAGCAAAGAUAUCGAAGUCGCGAGAAUUCGAGGAAGACUGGACUACUUUGGCGGUCGACUCGAGCUGCAGGAGGAGUUGGAAGAGCCGAGAAAGCUUGAAAUUGAUGAUAUUCCAACUUUUCAGCCUGUUUCAAAUACCUGCUCAAGUGGGGACGACACUAUCUUCAUAAACGAUACAAAGCUUACAGAUCUCAAGUCAAAGCUAAUCGAAAUGGGCAUGCAAGCAGAAUUUAUCGGCAAGAUUUGA